AUGAAGCGCUACAAAGCCAUGCAAGUGGCAAUGAGCCUCGGAGGCGAGGGCAGUUUUCGACCUGCUCAUGGCAAAACUAAGCGCGGACCAAGAAAUUGUGGUCCUCUUGUCGACGAUGUGUACAAUGCAAUUUUACGACUGGAGCCGAAGUAUCCAGAUCAAUUUCGUUACACCGGUGUCAGCUCUACUAAGGUUAGUAGCAGGGCCCACUGGGAGUCACGUGAACUCGAGCUGGUGGCGUGUGCUUAUGUGGAGAGCAUGGAUCAUACACCGGGACGCAGUCUCGGCAGCGAGGCUCUACAUGCUAAAUACAUGGAUCUAGGUGGGAGCUCGGGUCGAACCAAGAGAGCGACGCAAACAGCAAUGCAGACGUUACUAGCUGCGCAACGAUUUGUCUUAAGCAAAGGGCCCUGGGAAUGGUGGUUUAGUUUGACCGAUCAUGAUCAACGUGUGUUAUCGGCCCAUUGUAAUCCCAAGGUGCUCACCAUGCUACCACGCAUGAGUCCAACGAUAUUCCGCUAUCUGGAUGAGGCUGCCAGUAGUCGGGAAGUUGGUGCUCCUAGCGGACAAGAAGCACGCCAAUUACCAUCAGGAGGCUCUAUUGCCCGUGAAGAUGUGGCUGUCAGCAGCGGUCCAGUAGGCGGAAGCUCAACGCCUAAUUCGACGCUACAGUGUGAAGAGUAUCAAGGAAGUAGCAGUCGUGCGUGUGACGAGCAAGAAGGUGAGCAACGUACCAACACAGCCCCGGCGUCUACUAUCGCCCCGCUAGAUCGAGUUGAAGAGAGCGGCAACUCAGAACGAGGGCAGGAUCCUGAAUUGUUGGAUUCAAUGAAUAGAGAACCCAGCAAGCAUCAAGUGCGCGAUGUUGAUGAAGAAGCCGAGGUCCUUUCGUUGGGGGUGAAUAACGAAUAUGAAAGCAGAAUGUCGGUGAUGCAAGGCUUCAUCGAGAAGGCGUUGGACGUGAUCGAGGGUGCGAAUUCCCGCAUCAUGGACUAUCUGCUCAGCCAAAGGAAGGAGAAGAACAAGGCUAUUGUGCGUAACGCCACCGCUGUAUUGGAAGGUGAUAACGAUGCCACUGCGAAGUUGGAGCAAAUGUGUCGGAAGCAUUUUGCAGACGCGGAGGAACUCUCGCGAUUCAUGCACUCGCAGAUGAAUGCAAAUGAGGAUCAGGUUUAUCGAUCAAGAGAGCGAGCAACAGUUGCAAAUGUAGCUGAAAAGCUGAGGCUGAGGUGUUGGCCCGGGUCAUUAUUAGUGGAACAUGUUAUCAUCAUCAUCAAGAUGCUGCUUCUAUUUAAUGAAUAG